CACUUUUGACCAUGUGGAGUCUACCAGCUACAGCCCAGCUCACCCUCGAUGCCAACCUAGUUAACACCACCCAAAAAUUGCUAGCCAAGCCUACCAUUACAGUCAGCCAUGACUCCGUCAUAGAGCACAAAGAAAAUGUGAGCUUCCACUGUGACACCAAUGACGUCAACAUUACCAUCCACUGGGUCUCCAACAACCUCCCCCUGGUGAUCCACGAGCGUAUGCAUCUGUCAGCAGAUGGCAAGACCCUCACCAUCCUCACUGUCCACCGAGAGGACUUCGGAACUUACCAAUGUAAAGUCCAGAGUGGAGUCCAGUUCCAGAACAGUAAUCUCAUCUGCCUGACUGUGAACUAUGGUCCUGACACCAUAGAAAUCAAGUUGCAGCCUGGUGUACCCAAUGGGAAGGUGGUUGAGGUGAUGGAGGGCUCCACCAUGACCUUCUCAGUGGAGACACAGUCUUACCCACUCCCUGCCUUUUCUUUCCUCCCCAAUGACUCUGUCCAAUCUUCUACUAUAACCACAUUCACCAUCCAGCUGCAUCCAGGACACAAGGGCAUGUAUAAGUGCUUGGUGUCCAGUAAUGUCACCCAACUGUCCCGCCUGGGUACUCUUGAAGUCCGAGUCCUCGGGCCCUAUGAAUGCGAGAUCUGGAACUGGGGCAGCCGGAUGCAGAGUGACCCGCUCAAAUUAACCAUCCACU